ACACCAGCAAAAAAACACCCAACCCCCCCAGCCCCCCCCCCGGCCCAUAGAGCUCUUCCUCCCCAGGAGCUGCUCAGCCUCCAACUCCUAAACUGCUCCAAGACCCCCCCCAAAAAAAUGAAGGAGGAGGCUUCACCCCCUAUGGACAAGCAACCAGACCCCCAAGACCCCCCUGUUGCUGACUCCCAGGAUGAGUCCCAGCAGGAGAAGGCUCUGGGAGAAGCUCUGAGCAGUGGGGAGAAGGAGGAGGAGGAGGCCUUCCUGGUCAGCCUCUACCAGUUCAUGAAGGACAGGCAGACGCCCAUCGAGCGCAUCCCGCACCUGGGCUUCAAGCAGAUUAACCUCUGGAAGAUCUACAAAGCAGUAGAGAAAUUGGGAGCCUAUGAGCUGGUGACAGGCAGGCGGCUCUGGAAGCACGUCUACGACGAGCUGGGGGGCAGCCCUGGCAGCACCAGCGCUGCCACCUGCACCCGGCGGCACUACGAGAGGCUGGUCCUCCCGUACGUGCGGCACCUCAAGGGGGAGGAGGACAAACCCCUGCCCCCCAGCAAGCCCCGCAAGCAGCCCAGGGGCACCAGGGGCACGCAGCCGGGCGAGAGGAGCAGGAGGGCCAAGAAGGAGAAGGGCCAGGAGCAGAAGCCUCCAGACAAGCCGAAGGCAGAGGAUGCCAAGGAUGUGCCCGAGCAGGGCCAGGUGGCAGAGGGAUGCUCCAGCCCGGUGGUGGCGGUGCCAAGCCCCAGCCCCUCAGGGGGGUGUCCCAGCCCCUGCAGGCCCCACACUGAGCCCUACAAGCGCCUCUUCUCCAGCUUCUACUCCAAGGGCAACCAUCCCAUCAUGUCUCCUCUGGCCAAGAAGAAGCUGCUGGCCCAGGUGAGCAAGGCCGAGGCCUUGCACUGCCACAAACGCCACUGCCCCGAGGGCCAGCGGGCACCGAGCCAGCCUGGGCACAGCCUCCGGCCCCCCGCGGGCCCACCCCUCCGGCAGCAGCAGAGCCCAGAGCCAGCUGGAGCUCAGGACCCAGCUCCAGGCAGUGGGAGCGAGGUGGGAGCCAGCCCUGGGGGCAGAGACAGCCAAGGCUGCCCGCGGGCAGAGGAUGGGCACCCAGCCCCUGCCACCUUCACCGGCUGCUUCCACACCUGCCACAGCCAGGGGCUGCAGCUUGGGGGCUGCCAACCCCCCUGGGGGCACCGCUCCAGCCUGAAGGAGUUUUUGGCCCCAGCCGAGGAGCCCCAAGAGCUGAGGAGCAGAGCAGGGCAGCAGUGGCAUGGGCACAGCCAGCGAGUGGCUGCCAGAGGCUGCUGGGUGACCCCUGGGGCCGUGCCAAGGGGCAAGCGUGGCUGGGAGGAGGAGGAGGAAGAGGAGGAGGAUGAGGAUGAUGAUGAGGAGGAGGAGGAGGAGGAGAUGGUGUUUGGCCCCAGUGCCAUCUCCCCCUUGCUGGCAGGCAGGGACACGGGCAGUGGGGGCCUGGCCAAGCCCAGGGCAGUGGUGCCCAGCGCCGGGCACAGCCCAGCAGGGUACACAGGGGUGAUGCUGCGCUUCCCGCUCACCUUUGGCAACCCCCUGGAGCACCUCAAGAGCCAGGGGGUGCCUGUGCCAGCAGCCCUCUCUGCCAACCCCUUCAUCAUCCCUGCUUUCCCCAGCCCUUUGGUCACCACCUCCACGCAGCCCCCCGAGCUCUGCCAGCCCCUGGCGAGCGGCCCCGGGCACUACCCAGCGUCCUACGAGGGCUCCCUGCGGCACCGCCUCUACCCGGCAGCAGCGUGGCACAGCCCUGCCAGCUCCAGCUCCUCACCUCUGCCAGCCUUCCACCACCCUGCCAAGCUGUAGAUGCCAUCCUGCUCUGGAGCAGCCGGUGGAGAAGGGAGCUGGAGGGCAGAGCAGAGAGGUUGAGGUGGUGCUGGAGCUGGCACCGCUUGAGGGAGCAGGAGGAGCCAACUUGGACCUCUCCUGGUUCUAGAGCGGUUUGUACCCACCAGGGGCAUGCUGGUGCCAGAGCCUGGGGGCCUCUCCAUGUCAUAUCCAUAUCCAUAAAGGAAAAGGGAGCCAAA